CCGCCCCCAAGUGGUUGUAGUUUCGUCGUCAUCCCUUCCAGAGAGAAAAUUUUGCAUUUUUCUCGUGUAAUUUUAAGUCAUUAUAUUUUGUUGUUAAAAAUGUCUCAAGAGGACCCCGGCAAGGAUAGCAAUAGUAUUGAGAUUAAGGACGAAAAGAAUCCCAAAGCGGAGGAAUAUAAGGGCAAAGCAAACAUACAUUUUAAUAAAAAGGAAUACGAUAAGGCCAUUGAGUGGUAUACAGAAGCAAUUAAAUUGGACUCUGACAAUGCAGUUUACUAUGCAAAUCGGAGUUUAGCUCAUUUGCGGCAGGAGAGCUAUGGAUAUGCCCUGCAGGAUGCAAUUUCUGCCGUCAAGGCUGAUCCAAUUUACAUCAAAGGGUACUAUCGGAGGGCAGCUGCUCAUAUGUCUCUAGGAAAAUUCAAGCAAGCGCUGAGUGAUUUUGAGUAUGUUGCCAAGAGAAGACCUCAAGAUAAGGAUGCUCAGAUGAAGUUCAAAGAAUGCCAGAAGAUUAUCAAUAAACAGAAAUUUGAACGAGCAAUAGCCACAGAGAAGAAGGAGAUGUCUCUAGCACAAAUGUACCGAGAUUUGGAUGGAAUUUCAAUUGAGGAAGACUACACGGGACCCAAAUUGGAGAAUGAGAAGGUCACGGUGAAAUUCAUGCUGGAACUCAUGGAAUUCUACAAGGCUGAGAAGAAGCUGCACCGGAAGUAUGCCUACAAGAUUCUCUGCGAUGUCGAUGAGUAUUUCAGGAAGCAACCAUCCCUGGUGGAUAUUCGUGUGCCCCCAUCGCAGAAAUUCACCAUUUGCGGCGAUAUUCACGGGCAAUUCUUCGACUUGAUGAACAUCUUUAAGAUCAACGGCUUGCCAUCUGAAUCAAAUCCAUACCUCUUCAAUGGAGACUUUGUCGAUCGGGGCUCCUUCUCAAUUGAAUGCAUCUUUACGCUUUUUGGCUUCAAACUCCUCUAUCCGGAUCACUUCUUCCUGGCACGCGGCAACCACGAGAGUGUCACGAUGAAUCAAAUGUACGGCUUCACGGGGGAAGUUGUGGCCAAAUACUCCAGCACAAUGUCCGAUAUGUUUACGCAAGUCUACAAUUGGCUACCACUGUGCCAUUGUAUCAAUGAUCGCGUACUCGUGAUGCAUGGGGGGCUCUUUUCGCAGGAUAACGUCUCCCUGGAUGAUUUGCGAAAGAUCGAGCGCAAUCGUCAACCACCCGAUGAGGGGCUAAUGUGUGAACUUCUAUGGAGUGAUCCGCAGCCCCAAAUGGGCAGGGGACCCUCAAAACGGGGAGUGGGCAUCCAAUUUGGACCCGAUGUAACUGAAGCCUUUUGCCAGUUCAACAAUUUGGACUACGUUGUGCGUAGCCAUGAGGUUAAGCAUCUCGGCUACGAAGAAGCCCACAAUGGGAAAUGCAUUACAGUGUUCUCGGCGCCUAACUACUGUGAUACAAUGGGUAAUAUGGGAGCCUUUAUCACAAUCAAGGGAGACGACUUGAAACCUAAAUUUACAACCUACGAGGCUGUGCCUCAUCCAAAUGUAAAACCAAUGGCAUAUGCAAAUUCCUUGCUGAAUUUGCUGAUGUAGUCAAAAUUAUCCUAGCGUGUAAAUAAAUUUGGUUUGUACACGAAAGUUUUAGGAAUAUAUAGAUGCGAGAUGAUUUAGGGUUACAACAACAACAACAAAAGACAAUGUAAUGAAAAUUUACAGAGUCCUUUAAGUAAGAAAAAAAAGAAGAAAAUUUAUAUACACCCUCCCAAACCCCCUUAGUAAGAACAAAGAAAAAUAUAUAAGAAAUUGUGUAGGUUCUUCCUGAAAAAAAAGCAUUCACACACACUGAAAAUUUGAAAAUUAUCAAAUUUUCCAUUGCUAUAUACUUUUCAAAUUUACUUUUUUUUUCAAUUUUUAAGAAAAUAUAAAAGAGAAAAAUUAUAA